CCCCCCGUGAACAGCGUUGCCCCGUUUUCCCCUCCCCCCUGUUUUUUCCUCUUCUGGCCAUGCCGGGCCUCCGUGGCCUCGGUUGGCCCAUUCCCAGCGUGCCGCCGCCGUGUUGCGCUGCACACACGGUCAAGCCGGUGUUGUUCCGGGGCGUUUGUCCCGUGCGUUUUGUAUUUAACCGUUUCGCCCUCCCUCCCCUUCUGCUUUCCUCCUCCUGGCUCUGCUGCUGCUGCCGUUGCUGCUGCUGCUGCUGCUGCUGCUGCUGCUCCAUGCCUCUGCAAGCACCACUCCGACCCCUGCCCCGGACCCCCACACCAUGACUUUCUUAGGUGAACUGAAAUCCAAAACCAAACGGCUGCACAAGUCGGACAAGGAAAAGUCCAAGUCCAAGUCGUCCUUGAAGUCCAUCGCGUCCCUGGGCAGCCACCAUUCGCACCCAGGCACCUCCUCUCCGUCCAAGUCGCUGUCGUCCGGAAACUCGCUCAGGUCGCUGUACACGUCACAUUCCAAGUCGUCGAAGGCCAACCUCUCGUCUGCCUCCAUCUCGGAUUCCCCUUCUAUCGCGGAGUCGAAUACAGCGUCCGUGAUCUCCUCCCCCGUGCAGGAGUCUCUUUCGACCGGCGAAACGGAGGAAACCAAGAUCUCCUCGGCCCCACUGGCAGUAAACGACACAACGAAAACCCUCCUCAGCUCCAACACCGUAGACACCGUGGUCAGUGAUCAACCGGAUCCCCAAGAAAAGCAAACUAACACAUACAACCCUACAGUCCAGAAAACCCCAGUUAUACUAGAUAUACCUAACUUCCAAUCCACCACGAUGCCAAAGCAGCAAUACGAAGACAAGGCUCAAAAGGCUGCCAACGACGUUGAGGCUAAGGCCGAAACUGUGACAAAGAACGCCCAGAAGGAGGCCAAGAACCUCUCUGAAAAAGUCAAGAAGGACCUACCAACUUCGGACGAAAUAGACUCCUUUUUCGAAAAAAUCAGAAAAGCCUUUGUCUCAUUGUACUCCUCGACCUCAAGCACGAUUUCUUCUGCCUUGGGCUCGACUUCAAGAUCCUUGGUGGCUCUCUACCAAAAAUCGCUAUCGAUAAUACAAACAUCGGCUGCGAAAUCAAUCGACUUCACAAAGUACUAUUAUUCCUCAGCUUCAACCAAAGUCAGCCAAAACCCAUUGAUUGCUUAUGACGCUUUAUACCUUACAGCCUGUUCUGCCCUAGGAGGAGCAGCUUAUACUUAUCAUAGGGACUUCCUCACCAAGAAGAUAUGUGAGCAUUGUCAUCAUACAAACAAUACCCUACAUCUUGCAACCGCCGUUGGUGUAUGCUUGUCAAUCCUGGGAGUUGGAAACUAUUUAUACUUGAGAAAGCCAGGUACUAAAAAAGCAUAAUUCUAAGUUUUCUAUAGCUCUUGUCAACCCAGACACCAGUCACACUGGCAUUAUUUUUCCACGAUAGUUGUCCUGUUAUCUUGAUUGAGUUUCAUUUUUUUUUCUUCAACUAACUUUCCUCUUUUCUGUCAUUUUUUUUCCUCUUCUUACUCAAUGACUUCUAUUUACACAUCUCCAUCUCUUUUUCCCUUGGUUUAUCCCGGUAGCACUUAUACAAUAUGACACUUAUUAUCUCCGUAACAUAGUUCAAACUUAUUUUAUCCAACUCUACUUUAGGUUUUCAUUCUCAAACCUUAUCUUUUUAUAAACAUAUAAUUUUUUUCCAUUAGUUUAGUAAAGAGUACUUGCAAAAAUAA